AUGUCAAAUUCUACAGACAUCAUAAUUGUUCUGCGACAGAUAAGCGACCUUGCAGCGUUGGUUGAGCUCUUCAAAGCCACCUAUCAGGCCAGCAACUACCCGGUUGAUGGGCCACCAGGUCAUGACGACAUAGACCGGUGGCUCCCGGUGUAUUUAGGAGGUGAUGCGCUGGUAGAAAUACUCGCCCUGGUACCUUGCCGUGCUGAGGACUCUGAAGCUGGGGCGAACAAUGGCGCCAGUAGGGAGAAAUCCAUGAAGCAACCACAGACGUCAGCCUCGCCUCCUGGUCGAAGGAAAGUCCUGGGACACGUCAGUCUGAGGCGUGUUUCCGAGAACUCAAUCACCAGCAAAAUGUGGCGUGAUGCUGGUUUCAGUCAUGACGGCGACUUAUGGGAGGUUUGCCGACUUGCAGUUGAUCCGGAUUUUCAGGAAAAGGGGAUAGGCCGUCGAUUAUUGGAGGCUACUGAGAUAGAGGCGCAGAAAUCUGGAGCGAAGUUGGUACUGGGAGUCCUGGAAAAGGACACGGUUGCUAUUCGGAUGUACGAAAGGAAGGGUUGGAAGGUGUUUGGGAAGGACAAGUUGGUCAGACAAGAUGGAAAAUACCAUACUGAGUACUUUUAUAUUCAUGAAUCGGACAACCGAGGUUUAAUUAUUAGCUAG